AUAAGACGGCUAUCGGUGAUCAGAGAUGGCGGGCGCCUCCGACCCCCUGGAAGAUAUGCUCUUUUCAGAGGUGGAUGAAAAAGCUGUGAGCGACCUAGUGGGCUCAUUGGAGUCACAGCUUGCUGGCCAGAGCAACCCAGCAGGUAAAACAGACGAAAACGGAGGCGCUGGCUCAGUGGCCCCCGCCAACCAUCACUUGGGAAAAACGCUACCAGCUCCAGUGGGCACCACAACACUAGAACAACAACAACAAGGACGGUGUAAUAAACCUGAGAUGCGCCAGGAGAUCAACUCCAAAGACGUUAGCUCGGAUAAAGCUGUCACAUCUCCCGCUCUGGGCUGCACCCCGUCUUUUGGCGAGCCCUCCACCACUUCGGCUGCCUGUGUAAACGCCACUAGCAGCGGUUCGCAAUCACAUGGAGCAUCCAUCACAACACUGACUGCUUCUGGUGUGUCAACUUUGGCAUCUCCGCCAGCCAGCAUCAGCACCACAUCCAGCCGCGGCUCUAAGGUUACCCCGGGCACAGGUGAGACGUCGACAGAAGCUAACCCGGCGAGGAAACGCAUAACCGCGUCGCGGAGGAGCGCUUCGGCUCGGAUAAAGACUUUAAACGGCGCAGCUGUAACGACGAGGAGGAACAGCAACACAGCGGUGGCCGAAAACCCUAGCCCUGUGGAUCCCAGUGCAACUACACCAAACUCUACUCGGCCGGUGACAUCCUCUAUUAACACUACGACUUUCACUUUGUCUAACGCUAGCCUGCCUGUAGGUCAGUCGGCUAUUGCUCUCGACCGGGGGACUCCUACCAUUGCUUUGCACAGACUCCCGAGUCACAUCGUAGCCAGUAUAGCCCAGAACGGCAACGGGACCAGUGUUUCGGCCUUGGUCCAGCAGGGCGCACGCAUAGGACCCGCCACCUCUUCAGCUUCACAGGAGAACCACAGCAAAACGGUCACAGACACUGGGGCUUCCAACACAGACGAUUGUCAGUCCAAAAUUGUAAUGUCAAGCCAGUCUGGUAGUGUCAAUUCUGUAAUAAACACUGUUUCCUCUGCACCUUCUGUUGUCACACCAACAACUACUACAGCAGCAGCUACAACAACCACAACAAUAACCCAGCCCCUGAGCUCUGCCACAGCCGCUGCUUGUGGCACAGGGGUGGCAACUAGUUCUGUGUGUGGUACGGGUCAGACUACAUCAGUGACUACCACUAUUAGCAUGGUCAGGCCCACAGUUCCCUCUCCAACACCCGCUGUGGCCACCUCCGCACAGUCUCAACCCCGUCCUGGACUUUCAGCACCUCAAAGGAUUGUAGCCCCCCAGCUGAUUGUCAGACCACCUCAGCAGCAGACGACCAUUCAGCUGCCCUCUGGGUUUACCAUCCCACCGGGAAUGGUGUUGGUGCGCACAGAGCUGGGCCAGCUGGUGAUGGUUCCUCAGCAGGCUUUGGCUCAGGCUCAGGCUCAGGCUCAAGCUCAGGCUCAAGCUCAGGCCCAGGCCCAGAACAACAUCUCUCCUCGCCCCGCUACCCCCACGACAGGAACAUCCUUCAGAGUAACAGCUCCACAGAAGGGCCCCGUGGCACCGGCCGUGGCUGUGACGGCUCCGCAGCAGACCCCUGUGGUUAUGGCCCCCCAGGCCCCAGCCCAGUCUGCCUCCCAGCCAGUGCAGCCUCCGCAGACGGGCGUAACAGCGGCCCCUGGAGCUCCUGUCGUGUCCCAGGAAAUGCAAGAGAAUGUGAAGAAGUGUAAGAAUUUCCUGGCCACACUUAUCAAGCUGGCGUCUCACAAUUCUCCGUCCCCUGAGACGUCCAAGAACGUCAAGGCUCUGGUUCAGGACCUGCUGGAUGCCAAGAUUGAACCGGAAGAGUUCACCAGCCGGCUGCAGACUGAGCUCAAGUCAUCUCCGCAGCCUUACCUGGUGCCCUUUCUCAAGAAAAGCCUCCCGGCCCUGAGGUUGUCUUUGCUGAAUAGUCAGCAGUCCCUGACCCAGCCCCCACAGCAGGGAGUCAAACCAGCACCCGUUGGCGUCCCUCCUGCCAUUGUGGCUGGGCCAGCUGUCCGCAUACGCCACCCUAACAGCAUCAGCACCACUACGGGUGCCAGCGCACUGCCUGCCGGGACGCUCGGACAUACAGCUGCCAUGGGUAUCAAGACUGUCGGUGGCCAGGUGCGGAUGCCUGUGGUGAUCACACAGUCUGUCAGAGCGCAAGGCACAAUGGGGAAGGGAGCCUUCAUCCAAGCAGGGAAAAGUCCCGUGGGCUUGGCUGUUCAGAUCUCUGGGAAUCAGAAAAACAAGCUCAACGACCCUGGAGGAGGCUCUUUCAGGGAUGACGAUGACAUCAAUGAUGUGGCGUCCAUGGCAGGGGUGAACCUGAACGAGGAGAGCGCAAGAAUACUCGCCACCAACUCGGAGCUCGUGGGAACGCAGAUCCGCUCAUGUAAAGACGAGGCCUUUCUCCAUCCGGGACUACUGCACCGACGAAUUCUGGAAACAGCUAAGAAGUUUGGAGUCACAGAGGUCCCCAUGGAGGCAGUGACAUUCAUCUCGCACGCCACACAGUCACGACUUCGGACUGUAGUAGAAAAAGUUUCGACUAUCGCACAGCACCGGUUGGACUCCUGCAAGGACGAUGAGUGCUACGAGCAGUCUGCAGACGUUCGCUCUCAGCUCCGCUUCUUUGAGCAGCUGGAGAGAAUCGAGAAGCAGAAGAAGGACGAGCAGGAGAGAGAGAUCCUGUUGAAAGCCGCUAAAAGUCGCUCCAGGCAAGAGGACCCAGAGCAAGCUCGACUGAAACAGAAAGCUAAGGAGAUGCAACAGCAGGAACUGGCUCAGAUGAGGCAGCGAGAUGCCAACCUUACAGCACUAGCUGCCAUUGGACCCCGCAAAAAACGCAAGGUGGAUUCACCAGGGGCCACACCAUCAGGGACCGAGAUUUCAGGUAGCACGGCGGGUUCCCCAGCCAGCUCCUCCGUCCCGUCCACCUCAUCGCGCCAGUAUACGCGGCAACGCAUCACUCGUGUCAACCUCAGGGACUUAAUUUUCUACAUGGAGCAGGAGAGAGAGACCGCCCACUCCCUCCUCCUUUACCGUGCCCUGCUCAAGUAGCCUCUGCUCCGCUCAGCGCCCACCUCAACCUCCUCCUCUUCCUCCUCCUUCCCAGCCACGUGCCUUCAGAUCAGGUCUAAUGUUUCAGCUCUGUGUCUCCAUAUGUACUGUAGUGAUGUUUGAUGUAGCUUUUACUAAGAAGAAAGAGAGAGAGGGAGAGAGAGAGAAAAAAAUGUACAAAAAUAAAACUGUUGUUCCGUGUCUUCUCUGUUUAGCCUCACAGUGUGUAGUUAGAUCAUUCAGUUUAAAGGCCAUAUCAGAGUCUUUGAGUUGAAGUUGGAUUUGUCAGAGGAACGAUGUUUUUGUGUCACAGGACUAGACCCAGAACUUGUUCCAUGUGUGUUGGGUAGCUAUUUAUUUGACAUCACUGGCAGUAGCUUCAAUGAUGCAGCUCAAAAUAAGGAUAAUUUUGGCGAAGAGAAGUGUGUUCGCACCUCGAUACAAGCUUACUAUAUUCUCCACGAGCGAUUUGUUGAACAUAGUUCAAUGAAUGUAGUUUAGCUGAACUUAAUAAAUGAGUCUUUCCAGAUUUCUGUACUGAGACAUCAUUUUGAAACAUUAAGAUUCCAAAUAACAGCACCGCGUUCAGUUUCCUUAUGUGUAAAUAGUUCUUUAUGAAUUAUUUUACAGCAUGUAUCAUUUUAACACAUGUAAGCUUUGUAAGAAAAGGAAUAACUCAUGUGUCAAUAUUAUGAAACCUGAUGUUUUGUAAAAUCACAUGCUUUGAACGAGUCAGAAUUAGACAGUUUAUUCAGUUCGCCUGUAGUGUAUUUGUUAUAAGACAGAGUCCCCCCCGACCCUUACGAAAAGGUCAUUAAAUAAAACCACAGUCCACACUACAACACCAGGUUCUGAUUGGUCACCCUCACUGAGUGACUCAAUAUUUUUAUUUAUUUUAUUUAUUUAUGUUUUUUUAUUCACACAUGAUGUGACCAUUGUCUUUAUAACUAAAAGUUUGUAAGGUCGUGUCCCAUCAUGCCCACUAAGUUUUGGUUCAGAGAGGUUGAUACUGUUGGUGUGUGGCUGUGACUGUGGAGAGUGAAAACUCGGCUCAGAGCAGACAUUCCUUUAUCUUUAUCUUUCCCUCUCACUCUUCUGUCAGCACAUCAAUGAUGUCUGGUAAAAAAAAAGAGAUUUCAGCUAUUCUCAGAGGGGCCCCUGGAGGCCCCUUUAGCCCCCCUCCUUCUUUGAUAAUGACUGAAUGGCAAAGGUAGUUCAUGAAGAAUUUUAGCUCACAGCCCUUAUAGUUGUUUGCAUUUUGGUGCAAAAUGAAAUAUCACAGCUGUAAAGUAAUGUGUAGCUGUGGUUGAAUGCAGUUGGAUGAUUCCAGUCUAAAAUUGAUUUACAUUUUAUCCCCUUUGUUUCUCUCUUUGUAUAACUGAUAUAAGAGAGGAACGGAACAAAACGCCUGCUUUUUACAUGUCGUCUUGCACUGUCGCCUUGUUCAUUUUUUUUUUUUUACAGUCCUUAUUGUAUUAUGUAAUAUUGUCCAGUAUGUUUUUGUUCGUUUUUUCUAUUUAACUAAAUAUCUUGGCCUCUAUGCAGCUUUUCUUGUCAUAUUGAAAUUUAUUUAAAUAUGGGUGACAUUUGGAACAAUUGUUGUGUAUUGUACAUUUUGACAGCACUUUUUUUAAUAUCUAUUUUAUCUGACAACUGAAAGCUGUCACUGUAUUAUAGGAAAGAAAUGACUCUUUUAAGUAAAAAAAAAAAAAAAACAGUAUUGCCAAUUUUUGUCAAAAGACACUUAUUUUUAACAAUUAAUAUAUUUCUUGUUUUUGUUUUUUUUUUGGGAUUGGCUUUUAUCCUUAACACAUUUUCAUAAAUUUUAUCUCCAAAAAUACCAUGUUUUAAAAACAAGCACAACAAUAUCUAUUGUGGUGAUUUGAACUGAUUUUAAUAAUGAUUUCUAUGGUUUCUGGUGGUUUCACAGGAGGACAUUUCUACUACUACUACAGCUUUUUAGCCAAAAUAUUAGGACAAUAUUACUGAUGUAAACAGACGGAGGAAAUAACAUUUCAUUGUAAGGAUGAUUUGUAAAUAUUGUUUACAAAACUAUGUGUUUAUUAGAACCACGUUAUUUUUGGUAAACUCUUGUACAUAUCUUGAAAAUUUCCUGUUUGUGUGAAAAACAAUACUUAUGUAUUUGUACCUAUUUUGUAAAGGAAUAAAUAAGCUGUUU